UCAACACUCAGUUCUUCAUAUCGUUUCAUUCUCCGCUUUGCUUUAAAAAGCGAUCGGAAUUUUUAAUUUAAUUUUUAUAGGUUUUGAACUUAAAUUUAAGUUUGUUCUUUGAAGUUUAAGAUUUAAUUGGUAGUUUUAUAAGAGCGGAAAGUGAUCUUUUGGAUUUAAAAAAAAUCAGUCAAAACAUCAUGCAAGAUGAAACAUCAGCUCAAUCCAUCAGUAAUGACAAUUUAAUAGCAAUUCAGCGGCCUUUCACUUUAGAUGACCCAAAUAUUAGUCAAGAAGUAGUCAAGGAGCUAUCUUCUGAUAAUAAAUCUUACAAUUUAUUGGGCAACUUUCUUCAUAACUUCAAAAUUGACGAACAAUUCAUCCUAAAAUUAUCAAAAAACAACAAAAAUGCCAGCAACGAAAUCAAAAAUUCCUGUAAAGUUCUUCAUUUCCCUUCCGAAUGGAAUUUUGCUGAAGUUUCAGCUACAAUUGAUGGUUUGAAGCCCCAAGAGCACCCAAAUCUCUUCAUAUUCAUCAUACAGGCAAUAAACUUUGAAUUUACUGCAAAACAGCAGCAAGAUUUUUCCAUAAAUUUAACAAAUCUACAAGCAUUGCUGUUCAAAUUUGGACAUACUCGUCCGAUAAUUUUCCAACUGACAUCAAUCGAUGGAAAUGCAUCAAAAAUUUACUACAAAAAUGAAAAUUCAUUCCAAUUUAAUGUUAUCGAACCACAGCACCUAGAAUCUAAUGAAUUAGACUCAUUUCCAUCAUUUUUAUUGUCUUUUGUCACGUCCAACUUUUAUGACUCUGAGAUUGAAGUUCUUGACGCAGUUCAACAAUUUAAAAAUCGUUCAUUAAUAUUGAGAUUCUUGCGAACUUUGAAACUUAGUGCUGGAUUUUUUGGAAGUUUAGCUUUGGACGUGGCAACAAAUGGAUCAAAGUCCGAAUUUAUAGCAGCUUUGGAUGCAUUAUUUAUUAGCGAUGGAAGGAUUCUUAACGACAGAGCACAAAAGUACAUCGCUGAUGUUUUUGGAGAUGACGACGAUCCACAAAAUGACUAUUCGGUGUUCCUUAGAGCUGUAGAAAAUGAGAAUGUGGAAGUUAUUGAAUAUCUGUUGACUUAUUGGACUCGUUUGAUCCAAGAACUUCCAUUUGAGCAACAAGUAAAGAUUUCUACAGCUGCACUUGAAUCAAAUCAACUUGAUGUCCUCUGUGACUUGCUAAACAUUGCUGACUAUCCAUAUCCUAAAGAAUUUAAGUUUGAUUCUGUUGAACAUGCUCGAUUAAGCUUAAUUAUGGCAGAGAGAACUGCUUUCAAAGCUGCCAUGAUGUCUGAAGAUUUUGAAAAACUUGACGAGUUCCUAAUCAACAAUCCUAACCUUAAAUUCAUUUACAGUCCUUCCAAUAGUUCAGCACUAACCGAAGCAGUUAAUUUAAAGCAAUUUAGAGUCUUUUACUAUCUAAAGUCACUCGACCUUAAAGGAGAAAAGUGCGAUGACAUUUUAAAUAAACUCAGCAAAGAAGAGAAGCGACAUGCCAUUGAAUUUGCAGCAAAUCAACGAAAGCUGAAUGUUAGCAAGUCACAAUUUGUCGCACCACAACCAGUUAUGUUGUUAUCUAUGAGAUCAUCGACUCACAACAGUCGGACUAAAAAGCCACAAAGUGACAAAUAUCGUGAAAAAAUCAUAAAAUGGCUCGAAGACAUCCACAAAAUUGCACCAGAUUUGAUUAACGUUGCAGCUACUUGUGGCGAAUUAAAGAUGAUUUUUGAUUUUGAAAGUGACACGGUUGAAAAUGUGAGCUUAGCAGGAUCGAAAGCAGCUGGUUCAACAUAUCCGACUAGGAAGUGGAUCUUUAUGGGUGCUAAAAUGUCAGAUGAUGAGGAAAAGGACCAGGAAAUCAAAGGAGUUUUGGCUCAUGAAUUAUGUCAUUAUGUCAUGCGAUUGGUUUACGAGAAUCAUGAGAAUCCAUACUUUAAGAACAGAGAGGAUGUUAAGGAGCGCUUUGAGGAAAUUGUCAAAGUAAUCAAUAAAUGGACAUCCAAUGAAGCUGAUAGCCUAGAUGAUGAAUGUAAUGGAAUCAUAUCAACAGUUUUUACACUUUAUAAACCUGAAUUAUUUCAUCUUGAAUUAAUUGUAAGAGUUGUGCAUAUUUUGGUCCAAUAUGACAAUAAUGAAGCUAAAUCAAAGCAGCUCCAAGACAAGUAUAAGAUUCUCUUCGAUUUCUGGGAACAACAAGUCAUUCCGGACCUAGCAGCAUUCAAAAUUAAGGGUCGGGAGGUUGUCAGGAAAAUGAAUCGAAUUCUUGAGCUUUUAGAGGACAUACAAGAUGAACUUUACAACUUUAAAGAACCAAAAGACAUCAAAAUGUUGUUUGACAGUCAAUUGACAAUCGUAACUACCAAUGUGCCAAUGCUUCUGUUCAAUGACAUCCAUAACCACCUGCAAGAUACAACUGGUGACUUAUUUGACACUGAAAACAUCUUUGUUAAUCCAGAAGUGCUGGAAAAUAAGGAAAUUCUCGAAGAUUUUACAAAAUUGCUACAGGAAGACCUUAAAUUGACUAUUAUUGUCGAUUGUUCAUUAGAAAUUCCAGGAAAUAUUAACAAUCUUAAAGGCUCAAAGACUGUUUUUGUUGUGUCAACUGACGUCCAGCAUGGCGAACUAAUGAAAAUCAUCAAUAAACCUGAAGCACUUCCAACAAAAAUCGAAAUUAAUUACAAUUGGAGCGACUUGACAAUAGACAGCCAAGAAUUGCUACUAGACCAUGAAGUAGACUUUCAAAAUUGGACUGGCGUGUCCUUGCUAGAGCUCUUGAUGUCUGAAACGUGCUUUAAGGAACCAAAAUCCAGUGAAUUAUACAAAACAGCAAAAGCUCAAGUUUUACAAGAUUUUCCCGAAAUUAUCGACGAUGAGCUGUUAAAUUUAUUAGCUGAUGGCUCGGAUGUAUGCAUCGACGUGCAACCAGAGAACAUUAAGGAACAAAAUAUGAGCAUUGCCGACCUCUUCAUCGAAAGGGAUUUCAUAAAAAAGACACAAAAGGAGAUAAAGAUUCAAGGAACACAGGAACUUAAGUAUGGAUUAGCUCUCAGCACAGAUGGACAAAUGAUGGCGAUUCCAAAUCUAUCACAAGAGCAACUGCUGUUUGAUGUCAAUGACAAGACAGUCGUUCUCAUUUCGGACAUUGCAGGAAAUGGCAAAAGUUGUAUCAUGAAGAAUUUUGAGGACGUUUUCAGACAGGAUGAGUCAAUCAAAUGGGUGACUUAUGUGGACCUGAAGCAGUUCAUUGACGCGUUUAAGUCACAAAACGGUGAGCCUGAAUUUUCAAUGUUUAUUGCUGAGCACAUUUUAAAAUCGAAGCAGCAAUUUGAAGCUAAAAUCUUCCAAAAAAUGUACAAAGACGGCCGAGUUUUGAUUCUUUUUGAUGGAUUCGAUGAAAUUGCUCCUGACUGUGCUGAAUUUGUGUCAAAAUUAGCUCAAAACUUCCAACAAAAUGGCGGGAAUCAGCUAUGGAUUGCAACGCGUGACUAUUUUGAGAUUGACUUGCAACAGAAGCUCAAUACUGAUGCUGUUUAUGGUCUUUCUGCUUUGUCUUUCAAUGAUGCAUUUCAAUUGAUAGCUGAAAGUUGGCUGCUGAUGGAAAUGAAGUUUGAGUCAUUUGAUGAAUUUCACAAAUAUGUGACAGAACCAAACGAUAAAUAUGAAGGUUAUCUCCAAAAAGCUCAAAAGAUUGUUGAAAAAUUAUUUACUGAUUGGUUGAGUCCAAUUGGGAUGCCACACAUGUUGACUGUAGUUGCUGAAUGCUGUAAAAAAGAUAACGAUGCAGUUGACUUUAAACUUUCGAUAAUCUUUGAUAAAUUCAUGCAGAGACAAUACGAAAAGUCGACUUUUGAGAAAGGUCCGAUCAGAAAAGCUGCAAACAUUCAAAGUCAAAAGUUCAGCAUGAGUUUUUGGAGGUUGCAUCAAUAUUUUGCAAUUGCUUUGAUAUUUCCUAAAUUCUUGGAGCUCUUGUUUCCCGGAUGUAAUGCAUCAGAAUGGCCUGUUGAAGAAAUCAUCGCGUUCGGCUUGAUGACAAAGUUUGGUGAUAAAUUUUAUUUCGUCCAUGCGACUUACGGAGAAUUUUUUGUGGCUGAUUUAGUCGCGAAUGGCUUAAAAAGACCGAAAAUUGAUGAGACAAUUAUUGAAAUUUUUAUUAAAAUUUUAACAAAUCAGCAGCAUGUGAUCAUCAGGAGAUUCUUGAAUGACAUGAUUGACAUGUCAAUAUUGAUGAAAAUUCAACCAAAUAUGAAGAAUAUUGUCGAUAUUUUUGACGACAAUUCAAACUUUAAAUUUGUUAAUUUUUUCAUCGAAACUUUUAUUCAGAAUUUUGAGAAUUUUCAAAAUUUCAUCAUUAAAGCCAUCAAUUGUGAAAAUUAUGACAGAAAAAAGGAAAUUCUUUACGAAUCGUCACUAGCAAUUGCUGUAACAUCCUCCGACGCUAAAUCCUUUACAAAUUUUCAAGAUUAUGUUUUUGAUACCUUAACGGCCGAUGAUGUAGCUGACUUAAUCCAUAAAAAAGGCACACUUCAUUGCAUUAUUUUAUCCAAUCUUAGUUUUGAGGUUUUUGAAAGUUUUCUAAAAAAAUGCGAGUCAAAAAUGAGUCGAACGAUGAUUCGAAAUGAAUUGGCCAUGCACGGCACAUUUAGCUAUGGCAGGGGAAACAUGUUACAUCACUUGUCAAUAUCCCCAAAGUUUGAUGUCUCAGCAGUGCUGGGAAUGUUGAAAAUUUAUAAGAAUUAUUUUAAUUUUGAUGAGAUUUGUAUAAUUUUAAGGAAUUGCAAUGAAUAUAAGCACAGCAUAUUGAUGCUUUAUGUCCUUAGUCGACAGGGAUUAUUUGCUAAAUUUUGGCGGGAAAUUGAGAAUUUUUACUCAACCAACGGCUCAUUAGAACAGUUUAAGGAACUGAUAAAAGUUGAGGAUAUUAAAGAAUGUUCUUUAUUGCACUAUGCAGCUAUCAACAAUGACAUUAAAUUUCAUAAAGAGUUGUGGGACUUAUUGCUGAAAACUUUUACUAAUCGUGAGGAACUAAUGGACAUGAUUCUCAAAAUAGAUCAAAACGAUCAUUUUAAUUUUAUCCAUAAUUUUAUUUCCAAUAAAUUAAAUGCAAUCGCUGUCGAGUUCAAUUUUAAAAUGCUCAAGGAAACCUUCACAGAAGCUCAAUAUACAGCAAUAAUAAGUUCCAAAGGACCUAAAACAUCAAAUGUCCUUCAAACUGCCGCCAUUAAUUCAAAUUCUAUCGAAAUUCACCAAAUUUUAUGGAAAAUAAUUCGAGAAUCGUGCAAAACUGAUCAAGAAUUUUUAACAAUUCUGAUGGAUGUUGAUGCUGCUGGCCGGAACAUCCUUCGACUUUGUGCCGAGUCAAAUUCGAGUGAAAUUUUUGAAUUUUUUAUUAACGAAUUGGAAAAAAUUGCAUCAAAUGAAGAUAUUAAGAAAAUGCUGAGUCAUUUGGACAAUAAUCAAGUUUGUCUGCUGCAAGGUCUGUCGAUGAAGAACAAAGAUCCUAAACUUCUUGAUACUGUUUGGCUUGUGGCUCGGAAAUAUUUUGAGACAUCUGAAAUUAUAAGGAUUAUUGAGGAUGACUGUCCAUUUGGUGAAAAUCUCUUAUUGUUAACAUUUUUGUUGAAUGAUUUGAAGUUGCUGAAUCAACAUGGAAUCAAAUUAAGAAGAUUUUCAGCUACAAUGAGCAAGUCAAGUACUUAAAAGUUAAGAACAAGAAAGGAAAAAAUAUUUUGGAAAGAGCUGCUGACAAGAAAAUUGGCAAUGACAAGAUUGAAUGGGUAACCAACUUAUUUAAAGAAUAUAAAAUUGUUGUUCAUGAACAGCUGUUGGCUGAAUAAGGCUUGUUAAAAUAUUAAAAUCAAAAAUAUUGAAAAUAAAUAAAAAAAUAUUUUUUUUGCUGUUAAUCAACUUGAUUUUUAUUUUUUUCCAACUUUUGCAUUUGAUUUUGAUCUUAUCCAGUGUUUCUAGAACUACGGUUCACGUCACGCGGCUAAGUUCCAACAAAAACCUUCAGAAAUGGUGCCAAACUUGACAAUCUAUUGAC